AUGCCAAAUCAACAAGAAAGAAGAUCAUCAGUUAGAAGAAAAUUGAAUGCUAUGGAUUCUGAGUUCCAAGGUAAGAAUGUUUUAUUAGUUGAUGAUUCUAUUGUUAGAGGUACUACUUCUAAAGAAAUUGUUGCCAUGGCUAAAGAAGCUGGAGCCAAAAAAGUUUAUUUUGCAUCAUGUGCACCACCAAUUAGAUUUAAUCAUAUUUAUGGUAUUGAUUUAGCUGAUACUAAAGCAUUAGUUGGUUUCAAUCGUACUGAAGAAGAAAUUGCUCAAGUUAUUGGUGCUGAUAAAGUUAUAUAUCAAGAUUUGAGUGAUUUGGAAGAAUGUUGUAAAUCUGAUUUGAUUAAAAACUUUGAAGUUGGUGUUUUCACUGGUAAAUAUACCACCGGUGUUGAAGACAAUUAUUUACAAGAAUUGGAAAAGAUUAGAGCUCAAAAUCAAAGAUUACAACAAAAUAAAUUAAGAGGAUUAUCUGUUGAUGCAUGUAUUGAUUCAAGUGAUGUAAUUGAUGUUAAAGCUGAAGUUGAUAUUAGUAUUUAUAAUAGAGGUGAUUAUGCUGAAUAG